AUGAAUUCGACAGAGACAGGAACGAAAGCCACGAAGCACGCUGAAGAAAUCCAUCUUCAAAUCCGGAUCCUGGUGGCCAUCUGCGUCCUGAUUUAUAUCGUCACAGCCAUCUGGGUCCUGUUGAGAAGCUAUUAUAUUACCACGCUGAAUCUGGACCUCAGUGCCAUUUUAGAUCCAUCAUUCUCGGCUCCGACAGCCACAGAGGAAGAGAGAAGACUGAAUCUGCUGGAGCGAGUCGCACCGACCAAGCCGUUUAUAACCUGGUGGAAAUCGGUUCAAACCGAGCGAAGUCCUCUCAAAGACUACGACCGUGUAUUUGACUGGUAUGCAGCUUUUCUGUCAUUGCAUCUGCCCUUGAACGAACUCAUUUGGACUCACACCGUAUCAGCGCAAUUUGCCUCGAGCCUGUUUCUAAAACGUGCCCAAUCCACAUUCUUCCCUGCCAACAUGUCUUCCACAGCCGGUGUCUGGAGACAUGGUUCUUGA